AUGAUCAAUAGUCUUAUCCCAAACAAUUUUAAAUUGUUAGAAAAAGACAGUGAUCUAAAUGCACAUGAGUUUAUUCAUAUUGAAGAUGAGAUUCUGAAAGGUAGACUUACUGAUAAUGAAAUAUUAGAUUAUAUACUAAAUUCAGAUAAAGAUGAUGAUCAUAUUGAGUUAGACGAAAUUGAAUUUACAGUAUACUUAAAGUUAGUCUAA